CUCUCCACGUUUCUUCGUCCGUCGAUGCAUUCCACCCCUUUCCUAACCGAAAACCGUCGCCUCCCCCAUCGCACCAACCAACAACAACCCCACAAAGGCGAAGGCGAGGGGGAGCGGAGAUGGUGGUGCGGAUCCGGCUGGCCCGGUUCGGCUGCCGGAACAGGCCCUUCUAUCGGGUGAUGGCUGCCGACAGCAGCUCCCCGCGCGACGGCAAGCACCUCGAGGUCCUCGGAUACUACAACCCGCUCCCCGGGAAGGAUGGUGGCAAGAGGAUGGGGUUAAAAUUUGACCGAGUGAAGUAUUGGCUGUCGGUUGGAGCACAGCCAUCAGAUCCUGUGGAGCGCAUGCUCUUUCGUGCAGGAAUUCUACCUCCACCUCCAAUGCUAGCUAUGGCAUGCAAGGGUGGGCCUCGCGAUAGACGUCCUAUUGAUCCGAUGACCGGACGCCCUUUGGACAUUGAAGGCCUCACAAUUGUUGAUGAUCCUAAUACUCCAGAUGGUGGUGAUGGAGCACCUAAUGAGGAGGCGGCAUGACAGUUCUAUGUUUAGUAUAAUUCUGCAAGAUAAGGACCUGUUUUUAUCAUUUAUGUCCUUCUGAUUGGACUGUGAGCUUGUUAUACGAUGUGAGAACCUUCUAGCCUAGUGACUUCUGAUCACUACUUUUCUGCAUCCAAAAUUUACUAUCUCAAUAUGCUCCUAAUCGUCACAUACUUUAAUACCCUUCGCUAUGUCUUCGUGGAAUGGGACCUGAAAAUGCGCACAUUAAUCUUUGUUGACUAUUCA